AACCUCGAGCACCAAAGCUUUGCGACAAGCUACUUGUCGAGCCCAUUACAAAUGAUACCAUCUCUGUUAUUCCGCGCCAAGUGAUUAAUCUUACCUGAAGCUGCGCAGACUUUCUGCGCCGCUGCCAAAAUAUGGCGACAACAUCAAACCAAUUCCUGUACAGCUUGUCAAUCAAUCCUCCUACGGCCAUCACCCAGGCGAUCCUCGGACAAUUUGCUGGAACGAAAGAACAACAGAUUGUGACCGCUUCUGGUUCGCGUCUUACUCUUCAUAGGCCAGAUCCAUCACAGGGGAAGAUUAUUACCGCGCUUUCACAUGAUGUCUUUGGUAUAAUCAGAGCCAUUGCAGCUUUUAGACUGGCUGGUAGCAAUAAGGGUAAGUCCUUCAUCUCAUCCCAUUUGAGCUUCACUUAGUGAUUUGAAGCAUCGAUGGCAGCACGAAUCAUAACGACAUGGACAGGCUAUGGGGACGAGUGUUAUGGGAAGUCAGCCAUAAUGGAGAGCUAAGCUAAAAUAAAUAAUCGCAGAUUACAUUAUCAUCACAUCUGACUCUGGCCGUAUAACGAUUGUCGAGUUUAUCCCAGCACAAAACAAAUUCAAUCGGCUACAUCUCGAGACUUUCGGCAAGUCGGGCGUCCGAAGAGUAGUUCCAGGUCAAUACUUGGCUGUCGAUCCGAAAGGCAGAGCCUGUCUAACCGCAUCGGUGGAGAAGAACAAGCUCGUAUAUGUCCUGAAUCGCAAUUCUCAGGCGGAGCUUACGAUAUCAUCUCCUUUGGAAGCCCAUAAAGCUCAAACUUUGGUAUUUGCGUUGGUAGCCUUGGACGUGGGAUACGCAAAUCCGGUCUUUGCUGCUCUCGAGGUUGAUUAUGGAGAGUCGGAUCAGGAUCCAACAGGGCAGGCCUAUGAGGAUAUUGAGAAACAGCUUGUUUACUAUGAACUGGAUCUUGGUCUGAAUCAUGUUGUGCGAAAAUGGUCGGAUCCUGUCGAUCGAACAGCAAACAUACUCUUCCAGGUACCUGGAGGGACAGACGGACCAAGUGGAGUUUUAGUUUGUGGGGAAGACAACAUCACCUACAGGCAUUCUAACCAGGAAGCCUUUCGUGUUGCUAUUCCUCGUCGGCGUGGCGCGACCGAGGACCCACAAAGGAAACGAAACAUCGUAGCAGGUGUUAUGCACAAACUUAAGGGUGCUGCAGGAGCCUUCUUCUUCUUGUUACAAACAGAUGAUGGUGAUCUCUUCAAGAUUACCAUUGAGAUGGUAGAAGAUGACAACGGGCAACCUACCGGCGAAGUCAAACGUCUCAAGAUCAAGUACUUUGAUACAGUGCCUGUUGCGGCGAGUCUUUGCAUCCUUAAAAGUGGAUUUCUUUUUGUUGCAAGCGAGUUUGGCAAUCAUCAAUUCUACCAAUUUGAGAAACUUGGAGACGAUGACGAAGAAAUAGAAUUCGUCAGCGAUGAUUUUCCAACGGGAACAAAUGAAUCAUACACGCCCGUCUAUUUUCACCCAAGACCGGCGGAAAAUUUGAGCUUAGUCGAAAGUAUCGACUCGAUGAACCCUUUGAUGGAUUGCAAAGUGGCAAAUCUUACCGAUGAGGAUGCACCACAAAUUUAUUCAAUUUGUGGCACUGGCGCUCGAAGUACUUUUAGAACACUGAAACACGGUUUGGAAGUUAGCGAAAUCGUUGAAUCUGAACUGCCCGGUGUACCAUCUGCAGUUUGGACGACAAAGCUCACUAGAAAUGAUGUUUAUGAUGCUUACAUCAUUCUAUCUUUCUCAAAUGGUACUUUAGUCCUCAGUAUUGGUGAAACGGUGGAAGAAGUAACUGAUACUGGAUUUUUAUCGUCUGCGCCGACACUAGCCGUACAGCAACUUGGCGAGGAUUCUUUGAUUCAGGUUCAUCCUAAAGGUAUCCGCCACAUUCGUGCGGACCAUCGCGUGAAUGAAUGGGCUGCUCCCCAGCAUCGCUCAAUCGUUGCAGCUACUACCAACGAACGACAAGUUGCUGUAGCGUUAAGUUCUGGGGAAAUUGUCUAUUUUGAGAUGGAUUCGGAUGGAUCUCUCGCUGAAUAUGACGAGAAGAAAGGAAUGAGCGGCACAGUCACCUGUCUGAGUCUUGGUGAAGUUCCCGAAGGACGACAGAGAAGUCAAUUCUUAGCUGUUGGCUGCGAUGACUCGACAGUUCGCAUUCUGAGUUUAGAUCCCGAUUCAACACUAGAGAACAAGUCGGUUCAAGCUCUAACUUCUCCCCCGAACGCCCUUUCCAUUAUGGCCAUGUCGGACUCAUCCUCUGGUGGCUCAACUCUGUAUCUUCAUAUAGGACUUUAUUCCGGUGUCUAUCUGCGGACUGUUUUAGAUGAAGUGACCGGAGAGCUCUCCGAUACGCGAACACGUUUCCUAGGGCCAAAGCCUGUAAAGCUUUUCAGAGUAUCCGUUCAAGGUCAGACUGCAGUGCUUGCGCUCAGCUCUAGACCAUGGCUAGGAUACUCAGAUCCUGUGACUAAGGGAUUCAUGCUCACGCCACUUGAUUAUCCUGCUCUGGAAUGGGGCUGGAACUUCAGUAGUGAACAAUGUACCGAAGGAAUGGUAGGAAUUCAAGGACAAAAUCUUAGGUAUGUCAACACAGCUCCACGUAAUUUCAACGGCAUCAAAUAUCAUGAUGAUUUUCUUAUCGUUAAACUUCCUAUGUCCUUCGUGACCAUGAGGAUGAAAUAUUAUAAUUCCAAUUGUUCCUUCUGAGAUAUUUGACACAAAUUAAGCCAUGAAAUUAUACACUCAUACUGGAGUAAAAGCUAACCCACCACAGAAUAUUCUCUAUCGAAAAACUCACCAAUAACCUCUUACAAGAAUCCAUUCCUCUAACCUACACUCCUCGUCGUUUCGUCCGACACCCAGAACACCCUCUUUUCUACGUGGUCGAAGCAGACAACAACAUUCUUUCUCCAGCCACAAAACAAAAGUUACUCGAGGAUCCUUCGCUUGUAAAUGGAGAUGCCACGGUGCUCCCCCCUGAGGAGUUUGGGUAUCCAAGGGGAAAAAAUCACUGGGCUUCUUGUAUCUCUGUUGUCGAUCCUGUGGCUGAAAAGAAAGUUUUGACUACAAUCCACCUUGAGGACAACGAAUCGGCAGUCAGCGUCGCUGUUGUUGCUUUCGCCAGUCAGGAAGACGAAACAUUCCUGGUUGUCGGAACUGGUAAGGAUUUGGUGGUUAGCCCAAGAUCAUCCACUGCAGGCUUCAUUCACGUAUAUCGUUUCCACGAAGAUGGCAAAGAACUUGAGUUUAUACACAAAACGAAAGUAGAGGAACCACCCAUGGCACUACUUGCUUUCCAAGGAAGACUAUUAGCUGGAGUAGGAAAAGAUCUACGCAUAUAUGACCUUGGAAUGCGUCAACUCCUACGAAAAGCACAAUCCGAAGUUGCACCUAAUAUGAUAGUUGGACUGCAAACUCAAGGUAGUCGCAUCAUUGUAAGUGACGUUCAAGAGAGCAUCACCAUGGUUGUGUACAAAUUCCAGGAAAAUAGACUCAUUCCAUUCGUGGAUGACACAAUCGCAAGGUGGACAUCAUGUACUACCAUGGUAGAUUAUGAGACUGUUGCAGGAGGGGACAAGUUUGGCAAUCUCUGGCUCCUCCGUUGCCCUCCUAAAGCCAGCGAGGAAGCGGAUGAAGAAGGUUCCGGUGCUCAUCUCCUACAUGAACGCCAAUACCUAGCUGGAGCUCCACAUCGUUUAACAUUAAUGGCGCACAACUAUGCCCAGGAUAUUCCCAUGAGCAUUCAAAAGACGAACCUCGUUGCCGGAGGUAGAGAUUGCUUAUUGUGGGCUGGACUUCAAGGUACACUUGGUAUCUUGAUACCAUUCGUUAGUCGAGAGGACGUAGACUUCUUUCAGACUUUAGAACAGCAUCUCAGAUCAGAAGACCCGCCCCUGGCUGGAAGAGAUCACUUAAUAUACCGAAGUUAUUACGUGCCAGUGAAGGGCGUUAUUGAUGGAGAUUUAUGCGAAAGAUAUACCCUCUUGCCAAUGGACAAGAAACAAAUGAUUGCAGGAGAGUUGGACCGCUCGGUUAGGGAGAUUGAGAGAAAAAUUUCGGUACACAACCCCAGUACAUAAUUAGGAAGAACAUGAGGCUAACAAAUCUUUUAGGAUAUUCGGACACGAUCGGCAUAUUAGCCUGGUGUAAUUUGCUGCAAAGAUAUUGUAUCAGAUGGUGUUGUAUUUAUACAAAGCGGUCAACAUGCACGAUAUAAUGAACCUCAUGAUCCUUAUUUUAAAUACGAAAAUUAAAACAGAAUCUGAAACCUCAA